ACCCCAAGAAAUUUGCUUUGAAGCCUGGAAAGGAUCGUCAUCAAAACACUGCGCAACCACAGUACAGAGCUGUGGUGUCCAUAUUUAUUCAUUGCUCGGUAGAUAAAUUACAACAACCGAUUUCCAUAUUGGAUAUAGUUUAAAUAGUUCAGCAUUUUAAGGAAUCUAUUUCAAACAGCGGGGCAGCAGUAUUCGUGGCUUGAAGUUGGAGGCUCAGCUGUUGUGGAAAUAUUUCAGUUAUCAAAAUUAACACUAUCCCAGCCAUGGCAGUGAAGUCUCCCCCAAUCUUCUACCACUCCCCCACCCCACACAACGCUCCCAUUGCCUUCACCACUCCACUGUCCAAGCUGCUAGCCCAGCGAGCCAGGAGCUUCCUGUGUUUCGGCCAGUUCCUACACGGCAGCAUGUUCCUGAUGCUGGCGUUCGUUGCCAUGGCGGUGGGGUGCUCGCUGGAACCUCUCAAGUCACCAGACCUGGCUAAUGCAGUGAUUUUAUUCUGCAUGGUGGUGUCCACUACUGCAAUUACCUUCACAGUCCUCCCGGUCAGCAUGGCCGCAUCUGCGGUCAAGGAAGCACGACAACGCAGCAAGGCCCCCAUCACAGGACCCGUAGAAGUGGGCACAUUUAAGAAGAUUCCUUUUGAAGACGGUAUCCAGGAGGAAGAAAACACUGAGCUUUUGAAGAGUGUAACCAUAUAAACCCUCUUGGUGUAAAUGUUCAAAUUAACCUACAAUGGUACAUGUACUAGUAGUACUUUCAGAACAAGUAUACUUUCAGAACGCACAAUUGUUGCUAGCUAGAUAGCUUAGCUUAGCCCAGAUAUAAGUGGCUAGCAGCCUACUUGAACAAACCUAAAACAGUUGCUGUACAGAUAAGAUCAUGACAUUUAAAGCUAUUGUCACAAUUGUACUUAAUAAGAUUGAUUGACUUACAUGAACAAUGUGUAACAUGAACGAUAACUUUUGGUGUCUAUGUUGCAACAGGAUUUAAUUUAUCACAGUGUAGGACAGUAAUAAUCUACAUUAUAUUAUUAGUAAAUCCUAGAAGUAUGAAUGUCCUAUAAAGUCUAGUAUUAACUUGAGGUAUGUUGGUGCUGUAUUCAUGUAUGUUUGAUUUAGUGAUCCAUGAACUGCCUGUCACAUAGGCAAAGAUUAUGGGAUGCUAUGGACAUCUGUACAACUUUAACAUGCUUAUUAGUUAGGACUCAUUCCUACCAUUAAUAUAUUAGAGAAGAUUAGAUGAGAGUGUUUGAUGUACUAUAUGUAAACUAUUUAAUGAUGACUAUUGAAGCUUGUCGCACAUAAUGGUUUGAUUUUUGUUUCUUAUCUUACCGGGUAUCAACAGAGUAUGUAUACAAUCUCCAAUUAUCCAGAUAGCAUUUAACUUGCACAAAAGAUCAUAAUAGAUAUUUGAACUAUUAUUUGAUAAGUGACAUUAGGUGUAUAACAGCACUCAUUAAACUUGUAAUGCAGGAACCAGUAUGUCAUAAUGCAGAGAUAAACUGAUAUAGGUUGACAAUCCCUGAUGUAAAAGCAUGAUAUAAUAUGCAGUGUUAUCCAAAUGAUCAUCCUAUAGUUUAGACAAUUGUACCCACAGAUAUAUGCUGUGUAAAGGGAAACUACAUCAUGAUAUUGAAGUCACAACAAUUGGCAUUUA